GGUGAGAACCUCUACUGGGCAGGAAGCACGGCGCCAGGCCGCUUCCGCGCGGACACGAGCUAUAGCAACGCGGUCAACAGCUGGUACGAGGAGAUUGACAACUAUGAUUUCGCGACGGGCACGAGCAAGCCGGAUUCAACAGGAGCGACUGGCCACUUUACGCAGGUCGUCUGGAAGACCUCCGUCGAGGUUGGCUGCGGCGUUAACCUCGACUGCAAUAACUUGAGAGAGGGGUGGUACAACCUGGCCGUUGUCUGCCGCUAUUCGCCCCCUGGGAACUACGCUGGCGAA